CUGUGUUAAUUGCUUAUCCUUCCCUCCAAAUUUCAAAGAAAAUAAAAAUACAUUGUUAUGGCUCUUGAAGCGAUAGACGAUUAUUACGACCUAAAUGACAUAUUAUCAACAAAUGAAAAAUUACCAUGUAAAAUAGAGAUGCCUAUAUAUCGAUUAGGCUAUCUGGAUUCCAGUUCUACGAGUGAUCAUUUAAACCCAGGGACAAAGAUUGAAUUACCUUACUGGAUGGCUCGCUCAUUGUGUAGUCGCAAACGUCACAUGGUCAGUGUUGAACUUCCAAAGAAUUACAGGGAAUCAUACCGUGAGAUUCUGACAGCUGAUGCCUCCGUAGUUGACCUACAUAAGCUAGGACCAUUUUACUACAGUUUUGGGACCCACUUGCUCAAAUUUGAGUUGCCAGAUUCACCGGAUGUUGCUAAGAUCCUUGUCAAGGCAUUUCAGGCAAGGUUUAGGAAAGUGAUGGACUCCUCGCAAAAUGCUUACAAUGAAGACACUACAAAACUCACAGAAAAACUGGACGAAUCAGAAAGACUUUUAUUUAAAGCUGGUCAGUUAGGACUUAAUGAUUUCAUGAGAUGGGAGACAAGACAGACGGAAAAACUGACCACGUCAGAAAUGGUGAAAAAUCAUCGGAAAAGAAAGCGUGCUGUGAUGGAAGAUGUGAUGUAAAGAACAAAAUUAAUGUGUUAAUGCAAUGGUCUAUUGUUUCAUUGCUAUCAGAUACAGACAAAAAAUCUCAAUAAAAAUUCAUCGUGUUUAAAUUUUUGGCAGACAAACUACAUUUGAUGAUUUGCUGUUAGGAGUAGCAAAGCAUGUUUAUUGUAGAAAGUUGAGAUAGGGUGUGCAGUGUUUAGAGCCUCUGCAAAUUUCAGUGAAGGAGUUUUAUUCAGAUGGUGCAUUGCUCUUCAUUUUAAAGCUAUAACUUCACUUAAAGAAAUUACAUAUACUUACUUAGUAAGAUUAUUAAGUGCUAGGCAACGUUUUUGUGGUACAUCAUGUAUUGAUUAUUUAGUUGUUGUGUAUUUAUUGUAAUUUUACAUGAAAUAUUUUCAUUUUUCCAACCAAUUAUUAUGCUAUCAGUUCAAGUGUAUAAGAUUUUUACGCAUAUUUUGAUGUUAUCUAUAGAUAUUGUAAUUCUUUCUCAAGUGUGUUAAUUUUGAAUAUUGUAAACUAAAACAUGUACAUUUUGUAUAUCUAAGACAUUAUUUCUUAAUUUUGAAACAGUAUGUUCAUUAAAAGUGUGGAUUAUAUAUGAUUGACCAAUGUUUAUUUAUUUUUAAUCUUGUAAAGAAGUGCUAUUUUAGAAUGUAUUCUCAUUCAUCUUUACUUCCAAACUUCGUCCAGCAGGCGAUUGUGGCAUGGUAAUAGAUGGUAACCAGAACUUGGUUAAUGUGGGGUUUUUCCGUCUAAUUCAGGGGUACAAACUUUGACCAUUAUAUAGAUAUUAAAGUGUAGAUUCAAUAUUGAAUUUAUUAAACAUGUUGUUAAAAAUUAUAUUAUGCGAGCCUCUGGCAAAAUAUUAUUUUAUUCAACAAGUUCAAUAAAGUUAUGAAUCUACACAAAUUUAAUUUUCUAUUUAACACAUAGCCAACAUAAAAUUUAUUUACUAGGCAUUUCCACACAUAGCCAACAUAAAAUCUGUUUACUAGGCAAUGUUUGUAUAACACUUAUAAUGUCACAACAAAAUAUAUGCACAGCCAUGCAAUACUGUUUUUAAGGAAAUGCAUAAGCGACACUGGUAUGUGAUAAAGCUUCACAUUGCACUAUCGUUUACAACAGUGCUCAAUAGAUUAUGCUUAUUAUCAAUAGCUUUUUAACUGUGAAAGUUUGUUUGUACUUAGGACUUAGAUGGGGAAAAACACUCAAAUUGCCAAGCUCACAAAUAUCUCUUUUUUCAUAAAAUGUUUCCUUUUCAAUUAGAAGUUAUGUUAUAAAUAGUAUUUAACAUAGAUGAUAUUUAAAUAAAAUUCAUUAACCAA